AUGGUUACUCCAUGUUUUGCUAUUACUGGCGGUUGUGGUUAUAUUGGUCUGCGUCUUGCUCGUCAUUUAUUGGAAAUAAACUACUCCAAUACGGUAAUUUUACUUGAUAUUCAUCCACCACCUUCUAAUGAUGAGCAACAAUUCAAUUCAAAUAUAUCUCGUCUAACCUAUCGUCAUUGUGAUUUACGUUCGCAUAAAUCUGUAUUCGAAGCUUUGUCUAAUGUAACAUGUGUAUUUCAUUUAGCCAGUUAUGGCAUGUCCGGCAGAGAAAUGUUAGAUCGUUCAAUGAUUUAUGAUGUGAAUGUAAUUGGUACAGAAAAUAUAAUAAAUGCAUGUAUUAAACAUGGUAUCAAUAAAAUUAUUUAUUGCUCGACUUAUAAUGCUGUCUAUACAGGAAAUAAAGAAUUAUUAGGUGUAACUGAAGAUGAAUGUGCAUAUCCAUCACAAGAGAGCUAUUAUGAUAACUAUAGUCGAACAAAAUCAUUAGCUGAACAAAUUAUUUUAAAAGCUUCUUCAUCAACACUUCAUACCGCAGCAAUAAGACCUGCAGCUAUAUAUGGUGAUGGUGAAUUACGACAUUUACCACGUAUAUUAAAUUUAGUAAAUCAAGGUUUAGCAUUUUUUGCUGUUGGUCAGGAAAAUAUAUUAUGUGAUUGGGUUUAUGCAGAUAAUUUAGUUUCUGCAUUAAUAUUAGCAGAAAAAUCGUUACCGAAAUAUUCAGGAGAAGCUUAUUUUAUAUCGGAUGAUUAUCCAGUGAAUAAUUUUCAAUUCUUAUCUCAAUUAACAAAAGGUUUAGGUUAUGAGAAUUGUUUUGCUUUUUAUAUACCUACUAUAAUUAUGUUUUAUCUUGGUUAUAUUAUUGAAAUCAUACAUAAUUUAGUUGCUAAACGUAUUUAUAAUUUUGCACCAUUUCUUACACGUUCCGAAGUUUUAAAAGUUGGUGUUACUCAUUAUGCAAAUAUAACUAAAGCAAAAACAUUAUUGGGCUAUCGAGUUAAAGUUAGUCCAGAUGAAGCAAUGCAACGAUGUAUUAAAUGGUAUGAUGAACAUGGAUAUAGAAAGAAAACAAAUGAAAAACAUCUAACUUAUAUUUGGUUAUUAAUUGCAAGUUUGAUAAUAUUCUGGAUUUUUGUCUUGCUUUUUUAA